GGAACGUUAAACAAUAUGCAACCGACUGAACAUUGCUGUGGUGCAGUGAUACCGGAACAAAAUUGUGGAGCGGUGUGCUGUAUGAAGUCAUGCACCCCGAAUGACACCACAAGGGAGUUAAAAAACAAAGAAACGGGCAUUGACGUAACCAUUCCACGCGUCACACAAGAGAAGGGGCUUUUGCAAUCAACGUACGAAUAUCAAGUUGUGGUAGUGUCCAAUCUGCCGUACUUCAAGAGUCCAAAGCAUAAGGAAAAUGAUGUUGUUCAGUUCAUGGUAAAAAAGAAGUUCUCGGUGUUUGAGGAUCUGUGGUUGAAAAUUUAUGAGAAAUACCCUGCCACAGUACUACCUCCACUUCCAAAGAAAACCCUUUUGGUGAAUGACAAAGUGGCCACAGACAGAAGGGCGGGGCUGGAAAGAUUCCUCAGCUUUCUGGCCUGUACGCCGAAAAUCUGUACAUCCUCCCUGCUGCUUGAAUUUUUAGGUGUAAACGCAAUAAAGGCGGGUAAAUUCACAAAGGAAGGACUGAAAGGUGAGGGAGGAACUGGAGAGAAUGAAGCAGAGAAGGGGGACACGGAGAACAUACCGUCAGACACAGGAAAAAGUAGCGGUCUUUUCGGGGAUGACGACGAGGAUGAAGAUGACGAGGACUUGUUCGAUCAGAAGGAUACAGAGGAUGUUUCAGAGAUUCUACAAUCUACAACAGAUAUAGAUGUAGAAACCAGACUGUUCGACUAUCCCGUUCUCGGUGGUGACAAUGAGGAAGGUGAAAAUUUCUUCCUGGAAUCAGAGAGCAAAGAGGAUGAGUUGAACCCUGCAUUAGAUGAACAAGAAGAUAACUCUGAGCUUUUAAAUGUUCAGGAUGACUUGGACAAUUUGUUUUUGGAUCAAUCGAAAACCGACAAAACCAGUGACGUAUCCAGGAACAGUCAAGUCAAACCUAAACCAGCCUUAAGACCAAAACCAGAUACAAAGACACCAAAGGAACUAGAUAAUCCAAAACCAGCGAUACAUCCCAAGCCAAAGGUCAGUUCUAAACCAACACUGAAACCAAAACCUGUUUUGAAGCAGCUGUCUGCCGAUGCCCAAAAUGAGGCCGUUUCCGAUAUCGGUGACCUAGAUACGGAUGAUAUAAUGAAAUACAUCCUGAAAGCUGAAGAAACGGAGGAAGAAACGGAUUUGUUUUCAUGAUUAACGAAACUUGCCAUAAGAUAUGCAGCAAAAAUUGUGUGCUAAAAGUGACAUUUGUGUUGGAAUCUAUGAUGUGUACACAGAUAUGAACAUGGUUAUUUUUUCAUUGCCUGUGUGUUUGAUAAAUUGUUUUGAUAAAUCUAG